AUGGAGCGCUGGGUUUACGGCUCGCUCUGGCUCCUCUUCGCGGGCAGCCUCCUCCUGCGACUCUCCCGCUCCCAGCUGCUCCUGACUCGGGCCCUGUUGCACCUGGGGGUGCUGGUCCUGCUGCAGUACCUGUGCCAGGUGUGCCUGCCUCUGCCGCUCGGCGCCGCCCUCACCGCCGCCGGCUGCUUGGCCCUGGGGCGCGUGGCCCAGGGGCGAAGGCUCCCCGUGGCGGGGAAAGCCGUCUUCAUCACAGGGUGCGAUUCCGGGUUUGGAAAGCAGGCCGCGUGCCACUUGGAUUCCAUGGGCUUUAAGGUGUUUGCGAGCGUGCUGGACCUGCAGAGCGCUGGCGCCAAGGAGCUCCGGCAGCGCUGCUCGCCAAGCCUCACGCUGCUGCAGAUGGACCUGACCAAACCGGAAGAUAUCCGGAAAGCCCAGCAGCUCGUCCAGCCCCAGACGGCGAGCACAGGGCUCUGGGGUUUGGUGAACAACGCAGGCUUCGACGACACCAUCGCUGACGCCGAGCUCUCCCCGCUCUGCAAAUUCCGCACCUGCAUGGACGUGAACUUCUUCGGCACGCUUGAGCUCACCAAAGCGCUGCUGCCCCUGCUGCGCUCCGCCCGGGGCAGGAUUGUGACCGUCAGCAGCCCGGCAGGCGACAUGCCGUACCCUUGUUUAUCAGCGUACGGGGCCUCGAAAGCUGCCCUCACCCUCCUCAUGGACACAUUCCGCAGCGAGCUGGAGCCCUGGGGGGUCAAAGUGAGCGUGAUCCUACCCGGCUACUUCAAAACUGGUACGAGUUGCGACCCUGCCUACUGGCAUGAGAAGAAGGAGCAGCUCCUGGCCAGCCUGCCCGCCGACCUGCUGCAGGCCUACGGGGAGGAGUACAUCCAUGAGAUCAACAAGCAGUUUGUGAAAUUCAUGAAGACUGCAAAUGAGGAUUUGAGUUUAGUGGUGAACAGCAUCACCGACGCCCUCAUCUCCGCCAGUCCGGCGGCGCGCUAUUACCCGGGGGCGGGCAUGCGGCUCAUUUACUUCAUCCACCACUAUCUGCCCUCCAUCAUCAGAGACCUCUUCCUUAAAGCUUUCUUCAUCAACCAAAAACUGCCCAGGGCCCUGCAGCCAAAGCAACAGAAUGGCCUCAAGCCCGAAUGA